AUGAGCCCUUCAGCCAUCAACAGCGCGGCGUCGGCGGUGUCGGCGCCGAAAGCCUCGAAAGCCAACAUCGGCGUGUUUACAAACCCCAACCAUGAUCUGUGGAUAAGCGAUACCGGGCCGACACUGGAGAGUGUGCAGAAGGGAGAGGGGCUGAAGGAGGGACAGGUCACAAUCGCCAUCAGGAGCACGGGCAUCUGCGGGUCCGACGUGCACUUCUGGAAGCACGGCUGCAUCGGCCCCAUGAUAGUCGACGGCGACCACGUUCUCGGCCACGAAUCGGCGGGCGAGGUCAUCGCGGUACACCCGAGCGUGACCGCCCUCCAGGUCGGAGACCGCGUCGCCAUCGAGCCCCAGGUGAUCUGCAACGCCUGCGAACCCUGCCUUACCGGGCGCUACAACGGCUGCGAGCGCGUCGACUUCCUGUCGACGCCACCCGUGACAGGCCUGCUGCGGCGCUAUGUCAACCAUCCGGCGAUCUGGUGCCACAAGAUCGGGAACAUGUCGUUCGAGAACGGCGCCUUGCUCGAGCCGUUGUCGGUCUCUCUGGCCGGCCUGCAGAGGGCUGGGCUGCGACUGGGCGACCCGGUGCUCGUCUGCGGGGCUGGUCCCAUCGGCCUGAUCACCAUGCUCUGCUGCCAGGCUGCAGGCGCCUGCCCCCUCGUGAUCACGGAUAUCGACGAGGGCCGGCUGAAGUUCGCCAAGGAGGUCUGCCCAUCGGUUAUCACCCACAAGGUCGAGCGCCAGUCGGCUGAAGACUCAGCCAAGGCCAUUGUGGCCGCGUUUGGAGGGCUGGAGCCGACGCUGGCCAUCGAGUGCACGGGAGUCGAGAGCAGCAUCGCCGCCGCGAUCUGGGCGGUCAAGUUUGGUGGCAAGGUGUUCAUCAUCGGAGUGGGCAAGAACGAGAUCCAAAUCCCCUUCAUGCGCGCCAGCACCCGCGAGGUCGAUCUCCAGUUCCAGUAUCGGUAUAGCAACACCUGGCCUCGGGCUAUCCGCCUGGUUGAGAACGGGGUCGUGGAUCUUUCGAAGCUCGUAACCCAUCGUUUCCCCCUCGAGGACGCGAUCAAGGCUUUCGGCACAGCGUCGGAUCCGAGCACAGGAGCCAUCAAGCUGCCAGCAAGCUCCCCAAGCUCGAAUUGGCGCCAUCUCAUUGGCUUCAAUCCCCUGCUCGCCCCUGCCCACAGCUCGGUUAGCGGGCAAGCCGCGAGAUCUUCCGAGCUUGUCCCAUCGGUAACACCAUUUUUUUUUCUCCCUCAGACCGUCAAUCAUACCUACUACCUUAACGCAAACCUCCGCAACCCCCGAUCUCGCAACCCCCAUCCGCCCGCCGGCGACAUGGGCCGCCGCAUCGCCGCGCGGCGCCUCGAAUCGACAUCGACCAAGGCGGCCAGCGAGGGCGCCAAGGAAGCCGCCUCCAAGGCCGCGUCGACGGCCUCCGAGUACAGCUCCAAGGCCGCCCAGGGCCUGUCGCGCGUCACGUCCGCCGCAGGGCCCGCCAUCCUCGGCGCCGCCAGGGGGGUCACCGGCGCGCUGGGUCGCGUUGGUGGCCGGACGGGCCGCCUGGUCGCCUUUGCUGAGCGCCAGGUCCCGUUCGUUGUUUACUACUCCAAGGUCGGCCUUGAGGUGGCCAAGCUGGUCUUCCAGGGCCAGAAGAUGACACCACCCUCCGCCUCUACCUUCCAGGUAUACUUCCAAAACGUAUGGAAGCAAGUGCGGAACCCCGGCUCCCUCUUCCAGACCGCCCAGAAGACCACGGCGCAAGCGACCUCGCAACCAGCUUCGGUCCUGCAGCAGGCGCGAAAUCUGUCCAGUGCCCAGCUCCUCGCUGGCGGAGUCAUCCUCGCCGAGUGCCUCGGCUUCUUCACGGUUGGAGAGAUGAUUGGCAGAUUCAAGAUCGUCGGCUACCACGGCGAGACUAGUGCUCACCACUGA